AUGGAAUUUAUGACCUUGUACGCAAUUACCGCAGGCGGCAUUUUCUUGCUUCUAGUUCUGCAUCUUGCCUAUCCCAAAAUUAGUCGGCGAGCUGGGACCUUGUCGCUUCUCAACAUGGCACUUCUCUAUCCCUUUAUGCAGCUUGGUCUCUUCGCUGAUGUCCUUGGGCUUUUGUUCAACACCUGCUGCCGUGUCCAUGGGGCAGCAGCAUGGAUGACGUCGGCUCUUCUUACCUUACACAUUGUUGUAGCCAUGCUUGACCAGCAGAAGUUCUCGCUCCACAAACAAAACAACCUUUUUGCUGGGGCUGGGUCACUAGUGGCUUUAAUGCUGUUAUUACUUUCCUUAUUCCGCCGUCUUUCCUUCAAGCUGUUUUUGCUCUACCUUUAUAUUCCACUUGCUAUACUGCUCCUGUCAACUUUCCUGCACGUCCUACUAUUCCUUUAUCGAAACAGUAUCCUUCCCUCUCGGACUUAUCCUUAUGCAUCGGUCAUGUGCAGGACGAAAAGCAAAAAUACUGAGGGAUCCGACGAAGGCCCGGCUGAGGGUACGCCAUUAAAGAUAUGUGUGGCGCUUCCAAGGCCAAUGCACGUGAAGGCAGGCCAGUAUCUACAAUGCCAUCCAUUCAUGGUAACAUCCUGGUCACUUGGAAAACAAGACGUUUUGGACCUAUUCGUGCAAACCCAUCAUGGCCUAACAGAGAAGCUACGAGCGCGCGCUGCUCUGGAGGGAACGGCAUCAUUUACAGCCUUUGUAAGCGGUCCGUAUGGCAGGAGUGAGCCAGUAGGUGAGUACGAGAGCGUACUAGCAGUUGCUAGUGGCUUUGGUAUUGCUGGUGUUGUUCCUUACAUUAAGCGACUCCUCUAUGGCUACAACACGUCCUUGGUACGGGUUUGUCGCGUGCAUCUGGUGUGGCAGGUGCAGACAAUGGAUAUUGCGGUUGCCGCUGAACUGUUGUUGAACAGUCUCCUGGAUGACGAUGUCCUCGACGAUGGCUAUAUUCUCGAAAUGUCGUUCUAUGUGGAGUAUAAGACAAUAGCUGGGAAAGGAAGGCCUUUCGGAGACCAUCACCGCGCAACUAUCUACAAUGGUUUUCCAGAUUACGACAGUAUCAUAUCGACCGAAGCAACCGGCGAACAUAUCGAACGAGUUUCCAACACUCAAGAGGAAAGGGGUAAAUUACUAGUACUGAUCUCAGCAAAGGAUGAACUACAAGAUCAUUUGACGGUGAUCGUGAGGAAAUAUCUCGACCAAAGGGUCAAAUUUCAUAAGGUAGAAUUCCAACCCUCCUAAGCUCCAGAGUAUUGUGUAUUUAAUUUGAUUGCGUGAUGGGACCAAAGGUCACAAAGACCGAGGAAGAAGCUGGGAGAGCCAUAAAG